AUGGCUGCCACACGGAACCGCAUGGACAUCGUUGCCAUGCUGAACCCCACUGGCGAGGAUCUUGAAAUGCCUCACGUGGAAGUGGAAGUAACGACUAUCUCCUAUGACUCCAUCCACCCGAAGCCGAUGCCAGUCGAGAUCGGAGGCUGCUACGUACAACCAUAUCCUACACCAAGAAACAGUCCUGUGCAACAGCAUAGCACUCCCUCUUCAAUUUUCUAUAACGCUCCUCAGCUUGGUCCUCUCCCUUCCGUAAACCACUUGCUUGGCUACCCAUCUCCACCUCCUUCGUCAGAAGCCUGUCUCCCGUCGAAGACAUACCCGCCAGCACAGACAUCAAACGGGUUUGUUAAGCCUUAUGUUCAUGCAAGACAUGUUGAACAGUAUUACACCGCCACAUCGUGUCCGGAAUACGACUCCUACUCUCGUCGAUCCACUCGGCGAGAGCGCGACUCUCUCCGUCGUGCUUCUCGUACGCCACCUCCAACACCCGUCCCAGCAUAUGUCGAAGCACGCAAGCAGCUACUCGUACUUGCACAAGUCCAAGCUUCCCCCAAGAAAGGACCUUCGCAUAGCAACGAAGCCUACAGACUCAUCCACGUCCACUGGACUCGUUACUGCAAGGUCGACAUGAAGGCCGGUUGGCACGCCAUCGAACAUAACUUCAAAAUCAUGUUCCCUAAUGAACGAGAGGACUGUACACCAGGUGGACUGAGCAGUCGAUACUAUCGCGACAACUUCAUCCCCAGGCUUGAUCUGCACGGCAAUGUGAUAUACAAGGAUGGCAAGCCACUGAUGAUGGACAUGAAAGUCAGGGGGAAGGAUAUGGGAGAGUGCAAAGGCUGUCCGUGGACCUUUGUUGAGAGACAUCCAUGGUGGGCGUUGAAGUAUGAUUGGGUGCUUCAAGAGCACAAGAUUGAGGCGGCGAAGAUCAUCGCUGACAUUGAGAAGAGACGUCCGGGCCAGUACAGCCGAAAACAACAAUACGUUCUUGCUAUCCGCGAGGUGGAAAGCAAAAGAGAGGCAGCGAGAGAAUCGAAACGGAACGGCACGUUCUCUGAACCAUUGCUUGACGAUGAAGAGUUCGAAUCCAUCCCUUCUCCCACCGAAGAGGAGAUUAAGGAGAUCGAAGACGAUGAGCGUUACGUGGAGAAUCUGUACAAAGAAGCUUCUCAACAAGAGUUUGUCUACUAG